GCAAAUACAUAUCCUGCAUGUUGUGCGGAAAACCGUGUAACUACAUUAUAUUUUUAUUAAAAUGAAUAUAAUCAUAGUGUAUUUUACAUUAUUUGUUAUAUCAAGUGUAGUGAAUAGUGAAAAAUGUGAUGGCAUAUAUCUUAAUAAUAAAUUUCAUAGAAAAGAAGUUUUAUCAAAAAACAUCGAUCGGCCAUACCAACUAUCAUACGACAAACACAGGCACAGAGUCUAUUUCAGUUAUAACAUAGGAAAAGAAGAAGAAGAUCGUUUUAAUAUCGCAUAUAUAGAAAAAGGAAACACGGAACACAAAGUAAAAGACAAUAUUGAAAAUGGUUUCGCCAUUGCAAUCGAUAAUAUAAACGAUAAAAUAUACUUCGGAGGCAGUCUCGGUAUUUACGAAGAAUUGAUUAAAAAAGAAAAUGAAACUAAGAAGAUAAUUGAAGGUUUUAAUGUCUGGGAUAUGUUCAUUAAAGAAAAACUGCAUUUUAUAAAUUAUCCACAGCAGAGAUUAUACAAAUGUGAACACGAGGAAUCAGGAGUGAAAGCGGUGCGUCAGAAACAUAUUCACGAGAAAAUAUAUCAAUACGCUAUAGAUGGCCAUGGGAAUAGUUACAUCACAAAUCGUACUGGUCUUUAUAUGAUAAAAAAUGGUACAAGUGAUCGUAUUUUUAUAAAAGGUAUCAAUAACUUUAGAUGUAUUGAAGUUGAUAAUGACGGUGUGGUACACUUUUGCGGUCAACACGGCAUUUACGUCAUCAACAAAGAAGAUUACACAUUGGAAAAGAUUGCAGAAAUAAGAAAUAUAUUUGGACUUACCUUUGAUCAUGAUAAUAAUUUUAUUUAUUCUAAUCCCCAUGAAAUUGUUAAAUUAUUGGCUGGGGACUGUAAAUAAGAACUACUUUUUAAUUAACAACAUACUAUU